UGGCGGGCAACAGCUGCUUCCCCGCUCUCUGUCGCUCCGUUACUUUUCUACGUCAACGUGGCGGUGAAAGGACUGACGCGCUAGUCUUAUCUCGCAGGGUGCAACGCAUUCCUCUCAGGACAUGCCCAACAGUUGGUACGGUACUACGCGCAUCGGCGCUGAGCAAUAAUGCCUGAAAUCGGUGGAGUCCGGAGAUAACGACUGCCCGACAGCUUAUUCGCAGUGGAGUUUGCCGGUGUUUCGCCAGAGCAGGAGGCAUCGAAACCCGUCAACUCGCUUGCUUUCGCGUCCGUGCUGAUCGUGCAGAGACGGACGUUUGGCGACAAUUUGAUUACGGCUCACAGAGGACGCGACCAUGGCCGCCAGCUCGCUCGGUGACGCUGUCCUCAAUUUCUCGGUGGACGUCUACAAGCAGCUUAUGCCAAAGGACCACCAGCAUGGGAACAUCUUCUUUUCGCCAUUCAGCAUCUCUGCUGCCCUUUCCAUGGCACUGGGAGGCGCCCGAAGUAACACGGCGAAGGAACUGUCAGCUGUCCUCCAUGUCGACGCUGACGAGGUCCACAGUCACUUUGCGAGCUUCUUUUCGAAACUUCCUGAUUACGCCACUGACGUGAAGUUUCACAUCGCCAACCGGAUGUACGCUGAACAGACAUUUCCGGUAUUGUCCAGCUACGUGGCUCUCCUUCGCGACAAGUACAACGCGACGAUCAAGUCCGUCGACUUCAGGAACAAGUACGAGAGCGUUCGGCAGGAAGUCAAUUCCUGGGUAGAGAAGGCGACGGAAUCAAAAAUCAAGGACCUCCUUCCGAGCGGUAGCGUGGACAACCUGACUACUCUGAUACUCGUAAACGCCAUCUACUUUAAAGGCCUAUGGAGCUCGCAGUUCAACUCAAAUUAUACGCGCACUUCCGACUUCCACCUGGACACGAAAAACAAGACGCAAGUCGAGAUGAUGUUUCAGGUGUCCAGCUUCUCGAUGGGGCACUUCGAUGACAUCGAGGUUGAAGCUUUGGAAAUACCAUACCGCGGCAACAAAACAUCCAUGGUGGUGCUUCUUCCCAAGGACAUUGAGGGGUUGUCCAAACUGGAGGAGCGCUUGACCGCUUCAGCACUUUCCAAACUAUUGGAGAACAUGCGCAUAUAUUCCAACGUCAAGCUCUACUUACCCAAAUUCAAGCUAGAACAUGCCGUCAGCCUGAAGGCCACGUUAAAAGUAAUGGGGAUCAAUGACUUCUUCGGACCAGCAGCCGAUCUUUCUGCUAUAAGCGAUGCAGGGAAGCUAUCCGCUACCGAUGUGAUCCACAAGGCCUUUGUGGAAGUCAACGAAGAAGGCACUGAGGCCGCAGCCGCUACCGCUGUAACCAUGGUGGUCCGUUGUGCCAGGAUGCCCGAAAAAGAGCGUAAAUUUGUGGUGGACCGACCAUUCAUGUUUCUUAUCCGAAGCCGUGACCCUGAGGUUGUCCUUUUUGUUGGCUCCGUUCGCCGUUUGUGAACAGAGAAGUGAUGCGCAGAAAUGCUUGAAGUGUGACUUUAGAUAUUUGCGGAACAAGAAAGGCGCGCAUGUUAUGGAAUCUAGGUUAUUCGGGCUAUAACUCUGGGUGUUGAAAAUAAACAAGGAGAGAUGAG